UUAUGUUCCGGAUGACCUAAAGGAGGCUGCAAUGGUGGAGGAUGACCUAGAACCCGACGAGAACGCGGUUGAUGGAGAACCUUCGGCAAAGUACGCCUGUCCGGAGAAGGACUUUAGCAAGAACUGCCAGAGCUAUCAGAACUCUCCGGCCGCGGAGUUCUCCAGCCACGAAAUGGACAGCGAGUCACAUAUCAGCGAGACGAGUGACCGGAUGGCUGACUUUGAGAGCGGCUCCAUCAAAAACGAGGAGGAGACUAAAGAGGUCUCGAUACAGCUGGACGAGUCCGUUGUGUCGGACAGCCUGGAACAAAUGAAAGCCGUCUAUAACAACUUCCUCUCCAACUCGUACUGGUCCAAUCUGAACUUGAAUCUCCACCAGCCGACCUCCGAGAAGACCAACGGGAGCAGCAGCAGCAGCAGUAGCAGCAGCAGCAGUUGUGGGAGCGGCAGCUUCGAUUGGCACCAGACGGCCAUGGCGAAAACGCUGCAGCAAGUUUCGCAGAACCGAAUCCUCCCCGAGCCCAGCCUUUUUAGCACAGUUCAAUUGUACAGACAAAGCAGCAAGCUUUACGGCUCUAUAUUUACCGGGGCCAGUAAAUUCCGCUGUAAAGACUGCAGUGCUGCCUAUGAUACUUUAGUAGAAUUAACCGUGCACAUGAAUGAAACAGGACAUUAUCGGGAUGACAACCACGAAACGGAUAACAAUAACCCUAAAAGAUGGUCCAAGCCCCGUAAACGUUCUCUGCUCGAAAUGGAAGGGAAAGAAGAUGCCCAGAAAGUAUUGAAGUGUAUGUACUGCGGGCAUUCAUUUGAAUCGCUUCAAGACUUGAGUGUUCAUAUGAUCAAAACAAAACAUUACCAAAAAGUGCCUCUGAAGGAACCCGUAACCCCCGUAGCAGCAAAAAUUAUCCCAGCUACUAGAAAGAAAACCUCACUGGAGCUAGAGCUUCCCAGUUCUCCAGACUCCACCGGUGGGACGCCCAAAGCAACGAUCUCAGACGCCAAUGAUGCGCUUCAAAAGAAUUCCAACCCGUACAUCACGCCGAAUAAUCGUUAUGGACACCAAAAUGGUGCCAGCUAUGCUUGGCAUUUUGAAGCAAGGAAAUCUCAGAUUCUCAAGUGCAUGGAAUGUGGGAGUUCCCAUGACACUUUGCAGGAACUCACUGCCCAUAUGAUGGUGACCGGACAUUUUAUUAAAGUCACCAACUCGGCCAUGAAGAAAGGGAAGCCCAUCAUAGAAGCCCCCGUCACGCCGACCAUCACCACGUUGCUUGAUGAGAAAGUGCAGUCUGUGCCUCUUGCAGCCACAACCUUCACCUCUCCUUCCAACACUCCAUCCAGCAUUUCCCCCAAGUUGAACAUGGAAAUCAAGAAGGAAGUUGAUAAGGAGAAAAUAACUCUGGAUGAGAAGAUGAAAGAUAAGGAAAAACUGGGCGAUGAGGAAGAAAAAUAUGACAUCUCUUCCAAAUAUCAUUACUUGACUGAAAAUGACCUGGAGGAGAGUCCAAAAGGAGGGCUUGAUAUUUUGAAGUCUUUAGAAAACACAGUCACGUCCGCUAUCAACAAAGCCCAGAAUGGCACGCCAAGUUGGGGUGGCUAUCCCAGUAUCCAUGCUGCUUAUCAACUUCCGAAUAUGAUGAAGCUGUCCUUAGGCUCAUCCGGGAAAAAUACUCCCUUAAAAGCUAUGUAUGGAAAUGCGGAAAUGGUUUCUCCAACCAAAAGCCAGCCACUCAUUUCGCCCCCAAGCAGCCAAACAUCCCCUGUGCCCAAAACCAACUUCCAUGCCAUGGAAGAGCUGGUUAAGAAAGUCACCGAGAAGGUGGCCAAAGUGGAAGAGAAAAUGAAGGAGCCUGAAGGAGGGAAGCUUUCCCCAAUGAAGAGAGCGACGCCUUCGCCGUGCAGCAGUGAAGUCAGUGAACCCCUCAAGAUGGACACCUCGAAUGACGUUGGGUUCAAGAGCCAAGAGAACAGCCCACUUUCUCAGAGAGAGAACUGCAAGGAAAGCCCAAACGGGGAGCCGAUGGAAAAUGGCAAGGAUCUGGUCAAGGCUAUCCCAAGUACCUUGAGUAGCAGCACGGCUAUUAUCACGGACCACCCUCCAGAACAGCCAUUUGUAAACCCAUUAAGUGCAUUACAGUCUGUCAUGAAUAUUCAUCUUGGGAAGGCAGCCAAGCCCUCUCUGCCUGCCCUGGACCCAAUGAGCAUGCUUUUCAAAAUGAGCAACAGCUUGGCAGAAAAGGCGGCCGUGGCCACCCCACCUUUGCAGUCCAAAAAGCCAGACCACUUAGACCGUUAUUUUUAUCAUGUCAACAAUGACCAGCCCAUAGAUUUGACGAAAGGCAAGAGUGACAAAAGCUGCUCUUUGGGUUCAGUGCUUUUGUCAUCCACAUCGGCAUCUUCGGCAUCUUCUUCAUCUACAGUGACAACGGCAAAGACAUCUGCGGUUGUGUCAUUCAUGUCAAACUCGCCGCUACGUGAGAAUGCCUUGUCAGAUAUCUCUGAUAUGCUGAAGAACCUGACAGAAAGUCACACAUCAAAAUCUUCCACACCUUCCAGUAUCUCUGAGAAGUCUGACAUUGACGGUGCGACAAUGGAGGAGCCAGAAGAGACGACCCCGGCUCAGAAAAGGAAGGGCCGCCAGUCCAACUGGAACCCACAACACUUGCUCAUUCUGCAGGCCCAGUUUGCGGCCAGUUUGCGACAGACGUCGGAAGGGAAAUACAUCAUGUCGGACUUGAGCCCACAGGAGAGAAUGCACAUUUCUAGGUUCACGGGGCUCUCGAUGACCACCAUUAGUCACUGGUUGGCCAAUGUGAAAUACCAGCUCCGAAGGACAGGGGGGACCAAAUUCCUUAAAAAUUUGGACACUGGGCACCCGGUGUUCUUUUGUAAUGACUGUGCUUCACAAAUUCGAACUCCUUCGACGUAUAUCAGUCACCUUGAAUCACACCUGGGUUUCCGGCUACGGGACUUGUCCAAACUAUCUAGCGAACAGUUAAACAAUCAGAUAGCACAAACCAAGUCGCCCUCCGAAAAACUGUUGGCGCCUUCGCCCGAGGAAGAAAUAGGGACCUCGUACCAAUGUAAACUUUGCAACAGGACUUUUGCAAGCAAGCAUGCUGUGAAGCUCCAUCUCAGUAAAACACACGGGAAAUCUCCCGAGGAUCACCUUCUGUACGUUUGUGAAUUAGAGAAGCAGUAGCGUUUGCUUUUGGACACACAAAAGACAACGUCAACAACUGUACGUGGCUUUGAGGAAAACUGUCAGAACCUGCCUUAAAGCUACUUUUUUUUUCCUUCCUUCUGUUCUUGGCACAUAAAUUUGGUUUUAACUCUGGGGUGUCACUCUGGCCUAAAUGACUUCUUUUUCUCCCUCUUUCUCUCCUCGUUUUGUAAAACUGUACAGUGUUUAAUAGAGGUGCAUAAUCAGCUGUUGUUACUGGUAAAAAUAUGAAGGUUAAAACGCUGUGGUAAGUGUUUGGAACUUUGUGUAAAUUGGGGUUUUAGUUACUGUGCAUCGCUCCGAUGCCUCAAGCUGCAUGCAUUAACAAAACCAUUUAAUUAAGCAUUUAUUAAUGAAUUCUGGCGCACUUUUUUCAUGGUGACUCAAGUGUGCUGGACGGUACUUCUCACCCUGUAAAUCUUUAGCCCUCUGAGUACUUUGAAGCACUUUUGAAUCAAUUGGGUUUUCGAAAAGAUUGACAUGUUUUCCUUUUUCAAAGAAAAAAUAUAUAAUCUCUUCCAUUGAUGAACAUUUUUAGGCAACUCGAAGAAUGGGCUCAAACAAAGAGUGUCACCAGCUGGUGCAAUUACUUGUUUGGUUUUCUCCAUCAUGUUUUGAAGUAUUCAUAAUGGUUCCCUCCAUAAUGUCUUGAAGGAAAAA